AUGUUGCUCUUUGUGCUGCUGGUGAUGAUGAUGGUCAGCUGGACAGAAGCUGGUUAUACUGGUGGUGUGCUUACCCACACCUCUAAAGAUGUACAAGAAAACAGUUUUACAGUUGUGUUUCGCUUUAAGUUUGGCUUCAGCUCAUGUGGAGAACUUGAGACAUGGAUUUGUUCUGGCUGUACUAAGAAGAUUGAUGAAAGCAGCGGUGAAUGGUGUCUGGGAGAGUACACCGUGAGGGGCAGUAGCAGUUUCUACAAUUACUACUAUGGGAGUUGGAGUUCAACCUGGAUAAAUAACACAAACGGUGUUUCAUCUGGCCUCGCUCAGAUGUUUAUUGAAGGGAGAAAACGAUCUGACAUUAACAGAGCAAACUCAUCACCACAGACCGGCAUCCUUCCUGUUAUGAGAGUUCCCUCAAACUGUCAGAGAAAUAUCAAUUUGUUGACCUUUGACCCUGAUGGAGACCAUGUUCAAUGCAGACAUGGAUCCAAUCCCAGUAACUAUGAAUGCUACACCUGCACACCUCCGUCUGUCCUCAGUCUCUCAUCAUCUUGUUCUCUUUCAUUCAGUCCAACCAGCAGCAGCGAUGAAGGUUCAUAUGCAGUUCAGCUGAUGAUGGAGGAUUUUCCCAGACAGACAAUCACUCUGACUCGUUAUGAUGGUUACACAACGUCAAUAAGCACCAGCAGUUCGAUGAGCAGAAUCCCUGUCCAGUUUGUUUUCAAAGUGGAUCCUGCAGCUCCGUCCUGCACAGCAGGUGAAUAUCUGCCCAGGUUUCUGCCUCCAACUCCUGAACAUGGAGCUCAGUUCUUCAUAGACAUCAAUGAGAUGAUAGAAAUCAACAUCAGAGCAGAGGCGACUCAGUCUGUGAUCACUGAGCUCCUGUUCAGUGGACCGGUCAACAUGACCAAGAAUUCAUCUGGAUCAGGAAAUUUCACCCUGAGAUGGACGCCGUCUGAUAUUGAUAAUGAAGAAAGCCAUCCCAUCUGUUUUGCUGUCCAGGCAACGUCAGUAUCUGAUCUGAUCAGAAGUUGCUGA